AUGGCAACCUCUGUAAUCAACCGACUUCGUUCUUCACCAACCACAAAAUCACUGUCUUCAGUUCUUCACGGGAUCAGGUCCUACGCAAAAGUUGCAACUGGAACUGAUAUACUUUCUGCCACAUCCAAUGUUUCUCUACAGAAAGCUCGCACUUGGGACCAAGGUGUUGAAUCCAAAUUCUCCACUACCCCUGUCAAGGAAAUCUUCAAGGAUAAAAAAGUUGUGAUCUUUGGUCUCCCAGGUGCAUACACUGGAGUUUGUUCAAGCAAACAUGUUCCUCCUUAUAAGGGAUAA